GAUAUUGAGGAGCUGGAUGAAAAUGAGCUUCGCGUAACUCUGCUUAAUAGUCCUGAAACUAAGCCUGGCCCUUGCUGGCGUACUCAGCCCCAUACUCCGCGAGGCUCGGUUUCUUCUCACUUAUCUCAUAGCACAGCUUUGCCUCCGACUCCCAAUUUAGUCACCACUCAUAUCACUAAUGAAUCCGAUAAUUCAUUUAAUAACAGCUCGCAAAUAAAAGAAAUAAGUAGCACGUGUCAUCAUCUGCCUAAUGAUACCAGUCACUGGAAUCAAAGUUUGGCUGAUAUUCUUGAAGAAUCCUUCGAUUCAUCUGCUCUACAGGAUAACGACCUCUCCUCUUCCUAUCAGCAUUCAUCGCCUCAUUUGCAGCUAUCCCACUUGAAAGCUGAUAGGGCGUUGAUCCCCGAUGAUGAUCAGCAUAGCUGCGUAGCACUCGAUGAUUGCGCCUUAGAGGAUUGGCAGAUAGACCACGAGCAUGGCUCCUCUAUAUCUAGUGAUCAUGAUGAUGUUUCUUUGGUGCAAAUGGAUGAUCUUUUAGACGACCUUAGCGAUUGGUCUGAGGAGGUUGUGAGAUCAGAAAAGACCUAUUGCAAUGAUCACGAGUCAAUUUCAACUAAGCCCCUUGCAUAUAAGACUCAAUUUGAGGGUGCUAAUGAGCUGUUGGAGAAUCUCAGUGACAUCGACUGGGAUGAAGAAGUGAUUGACGAUGCCAGACCCGUUGAAAUUACAGUUGAAACUAAUUACAACGAAGAUCCUUCUCGUAAGGGCGACCUUACUGCUUAUUCUUACAUUGGCCAUCGUGGUUCGGACAGUCCUGUCGCCUCCUCGCCUCUCGAGAUGGUCUCAACACCGGUUACAAGAGCAAAUCUUCCAGCAAUUUCAUCGAGUUCUUGUGUACUGGAUCAGGAUUUCAGUAGAUGGUCGGACUUACCAAAGACUUCAGAUGGGCGGCAUCCUGAUUGUCCAGAAACACCGGAUAGCGUCUUCGACCUGCUGGCCGACAGCUUCGAAGAGUUAGACCAGGCAGUUGCAGCAAGCCUGGGCCAAACAUACUCCGACGACUCUGAAAAAGAAAGGUGA